AUGAUCAAGUACACCUUGGUCAACAAGACGGGCUUCUAUGAUCAAUUACUUCCUCAAUACGGUGUGCAAGAAUCAUGGGUCGAGAUUUCGGAAGUGGAAACCAGUGAGCGCUGGUGCAUACCCAAUCUGCGUUUGGGCGGACAAGCCUGUCACAAUAACAACGUCAAGCAUUUGGAUUACCCUCAUGCCAAAAAAGACCCUGACAUUUCGAAUCCCAAGGCUACGACGAUUCGGACGCUGUCCAAGCGUUGGCUACCCCUGUUUCCAGGCUUGCCCAAAACGUCAAGAGCGGAUGGCCAGCGUCAAGGAAAUUGGAGAGCAACAGAAAAAAAGGAAGAGAAACAGAAAGCCAAUCUCAUCAUCACGGUCAUCUCUGCCGUUCUGAUGAUCCUUCCCUUUGCGGGCGAAGUUGCGGGAAGCCUUGGAGCAGCUGCCUGGGUCGCCAAUGCGAUUCUGCUAGCUGACGUUGCCAGCAACAUCGCCAUUGCCAGCUACGAUAUCAUACAGAAUCCCAAAAUUGGCGCCUAUGGAGCUUGUUGA